GACAGCAGGUGGAGCGCGCACUACACUACCCGUCAUCCCGCGUGCAGAUCGCUCAUGCAUAUUUAUGAGUCGUUUCUGCAGUGAGGCGGCUGGACAUUAUUGAUGUCUUGCUGAGGAGGUGGUAGUUUCUGCUCGGUGGAGAAAAAAAGGGCCUGAUUUUAGUUUUCCAGAACGCACCCGCCUUCGACCAGUCAUCCGCCCGCUGCUCGCGCAACCAGCGUCUCGAUGCAGUAGCUGCGCGCGCGUCACUAAUGGCAACCAGCGCGCGAGAGGAUGUGUGUGCCUUCUUGAGGGAAACAGAAAACCGAGUAUAACUUUGGAUUUAACUCUUAUAUCGAAUAAUUUGGGAUAUGAUUAGCCGCGAUUUUCUGAACCGAAUGGAUGCGGGAAUGAUGCCUCUCCGUGUCGGGAAUUUCUUUCUGUGUCUCUUUGUAGCGUUGAUGAGCUCUGUGGUUCAUACCAGCAUCUCACUGCCCCAUUACGGAGACGCCUUGGUAAAGACAAGGGCUCGGCGUGAUGACGCCAGGUUCCUCGGGAAGGAGAGCACGGUACCGGUUCGGUUGAUGUACCGAAUAGACGAAGACACUCAGACGCCUCAUGAUGUUCUGAACACACGAGUCCGAAUGAACUCUGACAGUAAACAGAACCACGUGGCUCAGGCUAGCUUCCAGGUUGAGGCCUUCGGACAGACCUUUGUUUUAGACGUGGAACUAAACCAUGAUCUUCUAUCAUCAAAUUACAUUGAGAGGCACAUAUCAGAGGAGGGGAAGUCAGUUGUCAACAAAGGUGGAGAACACUGUUACUACCAUGGGAAAGUACGUGAUAUUCUGAAAUCAUAUGUGGCGCUUUCAACUUGCCAUGGAUUACAUGGGAUGUUUUUUGAUGGGAAUCACACAUACAUGAUCGAACCGGGAGGAGAGAAUACUACGAGUGAGGAGAUUCGUGUGCACAUGAUUUAUCAGUCUCAUAGUUUGGACGGCCCAGAGGACUUCAUUUCUGCAGUUCAUCUGGCAGAGUCACCAUUCCAGAACCCUCCACUGUUCAGUGCCGCCCACAGGAGGAAAAAGAGACAGGUAUCGCGAAAUCCACGGAGUGUUGCAGAUGAGACCAAAUAUGUAGAGCUGAUGGUCAUAAAUGAUCAUUUAAUGUACAAGAAGCAUCGCCUUUCCGUUGGACAAACAAACAACUAUGCCAAGUCUGUUGUAAAUAUGGCUGAUCUGUAUUUCAAAGAGCAACUCAACACUAGAAUUGUCUUGGUUGCAAUGGAAACGUGGGCGGCAGACAACAGGUUUAACAUCAACGAUGACCCCAUGGUGACAUUACGAGAGUUUAUGAAGUACCGAAGAGACUUUAUUAAAGAAAAGUGUGACUCCGUUCACCUUUUCUCGGGCAACCGUUUCCAUAGUAAUUGGGGAGGAGCUUCAUACAUGGGCGGAGUCUGCUCGCUCACUAAAGGAGGCGGAGUCAAUGAGUAUGGAAAGGAAAUGGCCAUAACUCUCGCUCAGUCACUGGGACAAAAUAUCGGCAUCUUUUCUGAUAAGAAACGCAUUUUAAACGGGGAGUGCAAGUGUGAAGAUAAAUGGUCUGGCUGCAUAAUGGAUGAUGUUGGCUUCUACUUACCCGAGAGAUUUUCUGACUGUAACGUGGAAGAGUUUCAUGAUUUUCUGAACAGUGGAGGUGGUGCGUGUCUCUUCAACAAACCUUCAAAGCUCUUGGAUCCUCCAGAGUGUGGAAAUGGUUUUGUGGAGGCAGGAGAGGAGUGUGACUGUGGAAGCCCAGCCGAGUGUGCUAGAGAAGGGGAAAACUGCUGCAAGAAAUGUAUGUUGACACAAGGAGCCAAAUGCAGUGAUGGCCUCUGUUGUAAAAACUGCCAGCUGGAGUUUAUGGGUGUACUUUGUCGUGAGGCUGUCAAUGAUUGUGACAUACCGGAAAUGUGCUCUGGGAACUCCAGCCAGUGUCCUCCAAACCUGCACAAGAUGGAUGGGUACACAUGUGAGAAAGACCAAGGAAGAUGUUUCAAUGGCAGAUGCAAAACCAAGGACAGGCAGUGCAAGUACCUCUGGGGAGAGAAAGCAACAUCGGCUGAUAAGUUUUGCUAUGAGAAGCUCAACAUUGAGGGCACAGAGAAGGGCAACUGUGGACGUGACAAAGACACCUGGAUUCAGUGUAAAAAACAGGAUGUAAACUGUGGAUACCUGCUCUGCUCCAACAUUUCUCCAGCACCCAGACUAGGAGAGUUACAGGGAGGUUUGACUUCUUUCUCUGUGGCCCAGCACAGCGCCUCACUGGACUGCAGUGGAGGGCAUGUGCUGAUUGACGGCGACACUGAUCUGGGAUACGUAGAGGACGGAACUGCAUGUGGGACGGAUCGCAUCUGCUUUAACCACAAAUGCCUCCCAGUGCAGGAGUUCAACUUCAGCACGUGCCCUGGCACCAAUGAAAGGGUGAUCUGCUCCGGACAUGGGGUGUGCAGUAAUGAGCUCAGGUGUGUGUGUGACCUGGGCUGGGCAGGUGAGGACUGUAACUCCACCUCUCCUUUGAGUUACCUGCUGGUGCGCCCCACAGCCAAAACAUCAGGAAUCGUAACUACUAACAUCAUCAUCGGGGCCAUUGCUGGCUCCAUCCUGGUCCUUGCACUGAUUCUAGGCAUUUCUGCGUGGGGAUAUAAGAGCUACAGGCAGCGUCAGUAUGUUGAAUCUGAUGUACAUCGAAGAUUCUGUCGUCAAAUGCCUCCGGGUGAUUACGUGAAGAAGCCAGGAGACGCGGAUUCUCUCUACAGUGACAUGCCGCAGGGCGUUAGCUCGAACUCUGGAAGCAGCUCCAAGAAGAGGUCUGCUUACCUGUCUCACUUCCAGAUCAACACCUGCUCUUUCACCCCCUCUAUCCCCUCCAUCAGCCAAAACAUCUCUCUGUUCGGCUUCAGAUCUAACGGUCUGUCUCACUCUUGGAGUGAAAGAAUCCCAGAUGCCAAGCACAUCUCUGACGUCUGUGAAAACGGACGACCCAGGAGCAACUCAUGGCAAGGAAACAUCACAGGUACCCGUAAGAAGCUCAGGGGGAAGAAGUUCCGUCCUCGCUCCAACUCCACAGAGUAUUUAACCCCUUGCGUCAAAUCAGAGUAUUAUGUUACUAAAUGGGUAGAAGAUGUGAAUAAAAACACUGAAGGACCUUUUAUUAGGACUCUGUCACCGGCCAAAUCGCCCACCUCUUCAACGGGCUCCAUCGCCUCCAGCCGGAGAUACCCCUACCCCAUGCCUCCCCUUCCAGAUGAAGAGAGGAAGGCCAACAGACAGAGUGCCAGGCUGUGGGAAACGUCAAUAUAAAAGAACUCCUCGAAACUGGUCUGCAAAACUCCGUAAGGAUUUUCCUCUGCUUUUGUAUGAAUGAGAAAAUGAAACCAGUCAGAAAAUAAGGAAUUCAAAAGGAGAAACAAGGGACUAGUGAAUGGAAGAAUUGGGCGUGGUCUCCUCCGAUGUCUGUUCAGUAUUUGUGGCAUGGAGCCGUCUUACCCUGGAUGUUGAGGAGUGCGGCAUCAGGAUCAUAUUCCUGCUGUCAUUCGCAAACAGGACUCAGGAACAUGAUUUCAUCACGAUACAAACCCAGAAUGGCAAACAACAGAGACAACAGCAGCCACUCGUGCCCUCAUUAAAC